AUGGGUCGUUUGGAGGAUCAGCUCGCGUCAGUACUCAACAAACGACAACAGAUCGCGAAACGACGCCAACUCGUGGUUAAUUCUGCAAAUGCCAUUGAUUUCUCGUCCAAUGACUUUCUCGGACUGGCACAAAACAGUGUUUUACGUAAACGGUACCUUGACGAGCUGAAUUCACUUGACACCGUGCUCGGCUCCACAGGAUCGCGAUUGUUAGACGGUAAUUCACAAUACGCGAUCGAUUUAGAGCAGCAGAUCGCCAAGUUUCACGGGGCCGACUCAGCAUUGCUAUUCAACUCGGGUUUCGACGCCAACACGGGCCUAUUCAGUACACUGCCGCAAAAAGGAGACAUUGUUAUCUACGAUGAACUCGUCCAUGCUAGUGUACACGAAGGAAUGCGAGUUUCACGCGCAGGCCGCUUGAUACCUUUCAAACAUUCGGAUGUAGCCGACCUGGAUCGCGUGCUAAUAGAAAUCGGGUAUUCGACCGACAAGAACGUCUUUAUUGCUGUGGAAACCGUGUAUUCCAUGGAUGGCGACGUUGCGCCACUGGUGGAGAUUGUACAGUUGUUGAGGAAAUACUGGCCGGAACGAGAAAACGGAUACAUUAUCGUGGAUGAGGCACACGCUACAGGCGUCUAUGGGGAGAGUGGGCGUGGUGUCGUUUGUCAACUGGGACUUGAAAAAGAGAUCUUUGCGCGGUUGCAUACGUUUGGCAAGUCAUUGGCCAGCAGUGGAGCCGCCGUCCUUGGUUCGAAUACUCUACGCGACUAUUUGAUUAAUUAUGCUCGACCGCUUAUUUAUUCGACUUUCCUGCCUUUCAGCAGCUUGGCAAGCAUCAAAUGCUCGUACGACUUUCUGGAAUGUGGCGAGACACUAGCAAUCCAACGACAUUUGCACACCAUUACACGCCAAUUCAGAGAAGCUAUCCGCCUGCCCACUGGAACCUUACUACCAUCAGAUAGCCCAAUCCAAGGCAUUGUGCUCAAUGGAAACGCACCUGUUCGUGCCCUUGCAGGAUACUUGAAUAAGCGCGGGUUUAUCGUCAAGCCCAUCUGUUCACCUACUGUUCCAAAAGGUCAAGAACGGGUCAGAAUCUGUCUUCAUGGUCACAACACAAUAGAGCAAAUCGACUCUCUCGUCUCUGCAGUCCAUGAAUUCUUCAAUGUCGAAAAACAUAACAGCAUUGCUCCAUCUGCUUCUGCUUUGGAACCAGCAAAGCUGUAA